UUUUUUUUCUACUCUUAUGUCUGAUACAAGUGAAGAAACUCUCCCCACUCUCUAUAGUUAUUUCAGAUCUAGUGCUUCGUGGCGCGUAAGAUUGGCGUUGGCCUGGAAGGGUAUUGAGUACAAUACAGAGUAUGUCAACUUGCUCAUAAAUGAGAACAAAGAAAAGAAGUAUUUGGAUAUCAAUCCAACCGGAAAGAUCCCUACUUUUGUAACCAAAGAGGGAAAGAUUCUUUUACAGAGUAUGGCUAUAAUGGAAUAUCUCGAGGAAACCUACCCUGAACGACCCACACUUCCUUCAGGGCCUGUUCAUCGCGCUAGGGUCCGAGCAGUGUGUCAAAUGAUUGCCUGUGAUAUUCAUCCUCUUCAAAACUUGAGCGUUCUGAGAUACGUGAGUGAUGAAAAGGAGAAGCAAGAAGAGUGGGCCAGAGAGUUUAUCGCAAGAGGGUUCAAAGGCUUAGAGAAGGAGUUGGAGAAUCUUUCAGGAACUUACACUGUAGGAGAGCACAUCACAAUGGCCGACUUUUUCUUGGUACCAAUGGUCCAGAAUGCUCAUCGCAACAACCUUGACAUGAAGCCAUAUCCGUUGAUUACUCGUAUCUCUAACACUCUCAUGACAUUACCUGAGUUUAAGCAAACGCAUCCUUUUGCGCAGCCCGAUUGUCCACCUGAACUUCGUUUCAAAUAAAGAAACAUGAUUUACUGCUAUUACAUAAUAAUGAUAAUAAUAUAAGUAUAUAUCAACCUAAAUAACACCGAGCUUGGAAUCUAUUUAGCUCUUCAAAUCCUU